AGGUCGGAUACGUUUUUCUCCCUUUUUUUCCUUUUUCCCCUCACUCCAUUUCUCUGGAUUUCAACCGCCCCAUUUUUACCUCUCUUUAAGUUUCUCUCCUCUACAGCCCAUUGAUCGAACGAUUCAUUUCCCCAUUAAUAAAAAAUUCGCCCACCCCCCCCCCCCAUGGCUUCAGCUUGGCGACGACUCACCACCACCGCCAUCACAACUCUCGCCCACAUUCUAAACCCUAAUAAAUCCCAACCCCAUUCCUCUCUCUCCUCCCUCCUCACCUCCACCAACUUCUCCACCUCUUUCCUCGUCACCAAAACCCCACAAAAGUACAAGAAGAAGAAACGCAAAAAGGACAGCCCCCGAACAAAUCCCGUCCAGCACGACUCGCAGCGGCGCCCCCACUUGGAGGCCAUCCUCCAGCGAGACGCCGCCUUUCGGUUCCUCACGAGAACCAAAGAGUACCUGUACAAGCAGCCGGAUCACGUCCUCCGCCUCGACGACGCCGGCAAACUCCACCGCGAGCUAGGCUUCCCCCGCGGCCGCAAGGUCCUUCGCUCCAUCCAGCGGCACCCCCUCCUGAUAGAGACCUACCGCCAUGAUGACGGCAAGCUGUGGUUCGGAUUCACCGACUUCAUGGAGUCGUUACUCCAAGAAGAGAAAGAAAUAAUGAAUGCUAUGGAGGAAGACAGAGUCACAGUUAUCCGGAAACUAUUAAUGAUGUCAUCAACGAAACGAAUUCCUUUGAGCAAAUUGUACCAUAAACGGCUUUUAUUUGGCAUUCCCGAAGAUUUCAGGGAUCAGGUUGCAAAAUACCCAAACUACUUCAAAGUUACGGUCGAAGAGGAUGGGAAAAGAGUGCUUGAGCUCGUGAACUGGGAUCCCUUACUGGCAGUGAGUGCAUUGGAGAGAGAAUUCAUGGUAGACGAGGACAGGGUGAAGAAAGCAUUCAAGUUUCCUUUAAAACACGGGAAAUCCUUGGAUUUGGAAGAAGAUGAUAUGAGAAAGGUGAAUCUGCUGAACACGCUUCCAUUGGUUUCACCAUAUUCAAAUGGUUCUAAGUUUGAGCUUUGGACUUUGGAAGCGGAGAAGUACAGAGUUGGAGUUUUGCACGAGUUCUUGAGCUUGACUUUGGAGAAGAGGGCUUCAAUACACCACAUUGUGGAGUUCAAGGAGGAGUUGUGUCUUACCAAGCAUACUUAUCAGAUGCUUUUGAAGCAGCCUCGAACUUUUUAUUUGGCGGGUACGGAGAUGAAUUGGGUUGUGUUUUUGAAAGAUGCUUACGGUGAAGAUGGGGUUUUGAUUAAUAAGGAUCCACAAGUGUUUUUCAAUGAGAAGUUGUAUAGAUACGCGCAGAUGCUAGAGAUGGAACCACGUUCUGAUAUCGUUGGGAAAUAAUCUUUGGAACUUGUUAAUUUCUCAUCUGUGCAAUGUCUUAGUUUUUUAAAUGAUUAAGAUAAAACAUUGAUUCCUUAUCAUAACUCAAUCUUCAAUUUGCUGGAACACUCAACUGAAGGAAAAAUCCCUAUCAAGAUAGACUGAACCGACAACCUAUACUUCAACUAAAGGCACAAAAAAUCCGAGGGUUCAAGAGCUUUUGCAAACACGUCAUAGGGCUGGCCCCCUAGAUAAAGCCCAGAGGCACUAAUGAAGGUUGUAGAUGACAAUGUAAAAAAGAGUGAUUCCUUCCUCAUAGAUAGAGGACUUAGUUGGUGCGAUGUAGCCUUGCCGAGGGGCUUCUUUCUUGCUCUUGUUCUGUGCAAAGGAUUCAAUGGGUACAUCUUUCGCAGGUUGUUAUAAAUUGAGCAGAGCUCUAACUCUUGCACAACAGGGUCAAUGCUGUAUUCUGAAGGAAUAAGGUAUCUUACAUUGAUCCUAGACAUUGUUUUUGCAUUGAUCAAUUGAGUCAUUUGUAGUCUAUUCCAGUGGCCUUUUUUGGUAAUGGCUCUUGAAUUCAUUUUCAUGGUUUGGAAAUGAGAAGAAAUGUAAAGCUAGGUAACAUCCAUGUUCCUGAGAGUGUUGAGAUAUAUCUGAACAAAUGAGUUGAUUAUGAAGAUAUCUUUGUGUAA